GCAUCUCGGCCGUGUUAGUCAGUCGCAGCACAGCCGUUGUCACGGAGUGUGCUCCAAGAGAAACCAACACGAGUUUUUUGGUGAUCAAGGCAACUCUGAACAAUUCUGAACAUCGCGAUCUUUUUCGUGCAGACAUUUUUCCCGCACUUUCAAUUUCAUCAUACUUUCAAUGCGUUUUUGUGUGCCAUUAUGAGUUAGAGAAGAACACUUUUGAUCUCUUCUGGGAAUAGGUCGAUUUUGUGCAAAGUGCGGAAUUAGAGACUAAUUGUCAGAUAAAAUAGAUCGAGUGCAGAAGAGAUUUCGAGGAGAAGAAAACAUGAAUUACCAUGUGGAUGCAACAGUAUUGAAGAUGAAUGAGCGAUGGCACAUUCCCAGGGCCUCUCUGAGCGGCAGUCACACCUCGUCGAGUGGACGCAGUGUGGGCUCGAGUAUCUCGGACAUCUCGUCACUCAGGGAGUUUCAGGUGCGCCGGCCACCGGAAGGACUGCACACGUGUGCCGGAUCUAAGCAGGAGAAUCGCCUCCGUGAACUGCAGACACGCUUCGGCGAUUCCACGCGCCGUCAAAAUUCAGCUGAGAUCCCAAAGCGUGGCUCAAGAUCGUCACAGGGAUCGUCAGAUAGCAACCAGAGCACUCAGAGCGCCUCUUCGGGUUCUCUGCUCUUGACUGUGGCCAAUCUCGAGGAGUUCACGCGAAAAACACCCACGUGCCUCCCACCGCCCUCUGGCAGGUCGUCAGCAUCGAGAUACUUCGCCAACAUCACCCUUCCGCCAACCCUGGAGGACGUCAAUCCACAGCUGGAGGGCAGAACCAAAGAUCUGGAUGCCGUCUCCAUGGCCAGCUCCACGCAUUUUACGGUUGUUAACGGAAUGGGGGGGCAGCAGCACAUCGCCAAGAGUGGCUUUUGCAAACGAGGCCACCAAAUCACGAUCCUCAUCCUCAGCAUGAGCUUCGUCUUCCUCAUUGGCAUCUUGGCGGCAGUAUUUCUCCUCGAGAUGCGCGCUCGAGACAUGCCAAAGUGAUUUGAGAGGCAUUCCAGGAAUUUACCAACAGAGUAUUUUUUCGCUCCUAAAACUCUAUUUAAUCUGCCAACCCACGAAUCUACAUAUAAACCUACCCGGAAAGUGUGUUUCUUCUACUAACUCGUUUGUAAUUCUGUGAUAUUCGUAAAGGAAUAAAGAGCUAUACGAUCAUA